GGGAGCAGAGCUGGAUUCAGUACCUUGCUCGUCCCUCAGCUUGCCUCAGCAUCUCCACUCACAACGCCUCCGACCACCAACUCCAACCAAAAUGGCCUUCGCUGGAAAAUGGCAAACCGAGUCCCAGGAGGGAUACGACGCAUUCUGCAAGCUGCUCGGUAUCCCCGAUGACAUCAUCGAGAGAGGCCGCGACUACAAGCUGAUCACAGAGAUCACCCAGGACGGAGACAACUUCACCUGGACCCAGUUCUACCCCGCAAACGCCCAAGUCAGCAACAAGUUCACAAUUGGCAAGGAGUGCGACAUGGAGACCAUCGGAGGAAAGAAGUUCAAGGCCACUGUGCAAAUGGAGGGAGGCAAGCUGAGCGUGACCUUCCCCAACUACCACCACACCUCUGAGAUCAGCGGAGGGAAUCUCAUCGAGACCUCCAAAGCCGGCUCCGUUGUUCUGAAGAGAACCAGCAAGAAGCUCUAAGUGCUGACUGACCUUUGACCUCUCACACAGUUACAACGGAGACCAUCAGAGCUACAGCGAGUGCAUUCAAUAAAAUAUGAUACCAACGUGAA